CGCGACGUCUUGACUGCCGCUCCACGAACAGGACACCACGAGAUGGAGGCAGGUACGGCGCCGGAAGCCAGGGAGCCUCCUACCCCUGUCGCAGCCGCCGUGCGGACAAAGAAGCGCAGGGGAGCAGUAGCGAGGCGCGGCGAACGCGCGCCGCUGAAGACGAGCGAAAAGAUCUGGGUCGCCUCGACGCUGUCGCUCAUUCUCUUUCUCGUCGUCUCGCCCCAGCCAUUUCUCUUUGCGCCCUACUUUUUCCACCGGCUCGCCUACGAGACGCGGGCCGAGGCGGCGUGGCACCUUGCCAAGUACCUCGUCCCCUUCAAUGUCUGUGCUGGGCUGCUGCUGCUCAACUAUGCGCUGUGCGUGCGCAUGGAUCCGGGCAGCGUCCCUGCCGGCUGGCAGCCCCCGGCGCUCGAGGAGGACGAGAAGAAGGAGGCGGCAGAAGGAGUGAAGGAGCGGCCGGCAAAGAGUGGGAACAAGCGGAGAUACUGCGGCAAGUGCAAGGCAUACAAGCCGCCGCGGGCACACCACUGCAAGACGUGCCGGCGGUGCGUGCUGCGAAUGGACCACCACUGCCCCUGGGUGGCCAACUGCGUGGGCCAGCGCAACUAUGCCUCCUUUAUCCGCUUUCUCUUUCUCGUCGACGUCUGCUGCGCCAUGCACCUCGCCGGCCUCUCGCUCCUCGUUCUCGACCACUGGUGGGUGCGCCUCGGCGGGCAGUGGCGCCCGCCGAGCAGCAACGGCGCCAUGGUGCUCCUCGUGCUCAACUAUGCCGCGUGCGUGCCCACGCUCUGCCUCGUCGGCGUCUUUAGCAUCUACCACUUCUACUGCCUCGCCACCAACAGCACCACCAUCGAGGGCUGGGAGAAGGACAAGGUCGGGGGCCUGCUCCGACGCGGCCGCCUCCGUGCCGACACGCGCGGCGCCGAUUUCCCCUUCGACCUCGGCUCGGCGCUCUCCAAUGCCGCCAGCGUCCUGGGCUGGAGCCCGCUGGGGUGGUGCUGGCCGGGCGCGACGCGGGGCGAUGGCCUCGUCUGGCGCGUCGGCAGCCAUGCCGAGUGGGACGAUCAGUACCGCUGGCCGCCGGCGGACCCUUCGGCGGCUGCGGCAGCGGCCAGCAGGAAGGCAGCGGCCGUGACGCCAGAGAUGCUCAAGAGCCGCUCCCCCUUCACCUAUGGCGGCGAUGGCUUCAACCCUGCCCUCACGCCGUCCAACUCCGAGACGCUGCGGCAGAGAAAGGCAGCGCAUACAAUCGACGCGACGGCAGAGACGACGACAGCAACGACGAUGACGACGACGAAGCAGUCGACAACACCGUACGAGACGGGCGUGAGCAGUGUGUCGCCGUGGCAUCCCGAUUUCCACCGUGAGAUCGAGUCGGGCGAGUCGGAGAGCGAGAGCGAGAGCGAAGACGGGCAACAGGGCAGCAGGGUCCGAGUCAGGAGGGGCAGCGAAGGCUACGAGGUCAAGCCCAGGCAAUGGGCCAUCGACGAGACGCUCGACGACCCCGACGCCGGCGGCUCUGAGGAGGAGCGGGCAGCUUCGGAGGAGGAGGACGGCAACGACAACGACGACGAGUACGGGGAAGAGAGAGAUGAGUGGACGAGGGGAUACGAGGAGAUGGACCGGGAGCAGGCCUGGCUGGCCAGGCAGGAAGAGGAGGAACGGCUCCGCCAGCUGCUCGAGCGCGAGAUGCGCGCCCGAGGCGCCACCUACAUCCAGUACGACCCCAUGAUGGACCACGACGACGGGCUUGCCGUCGUCGACGGCGGCCAGCCGCUGCUGCCGUCGCAAGUCAUGCAAAGGAGAGCCAGGUGGCAGGAGAAGCAGGGCGGGCCGCCGUCGCCGUCAUCAUCAUCACCACCAGCAUAGAUAGAGCAGCCUCAUUCCAGAUAAUGUCAUCUACUUUGAUCAACUCGGUGUCUCUAGCAUGUUUGACUAUA